AUUCUCAGUAAGUGCUUGCCUUUUGUCCUUUUUAGCAGCAAUCUGGGUGGUCCUUUUGAUAUAGGUUUGGUUUUUAGAGCAUUUUAAUUAAAUUUUUAAAACAAAGGAGGUUUGUGACUAAAGAAAAUGAAGGAAGAGAUUGCUGCUACGGUUUUCUUUGUUGCGAGACUAGCAAAGAAACACGGCAAGAUGGAGCGCUCGUGCCGGGAAAGGUUUGCAGUGGCUUUCACUUCGGUCCUUUUUGAAACCUACAAAAGCCACUGGUACCCAGAGAAGCCAUGCAAGGGACAGGCUUUCCGGUGUUUGAGGAUGAACAAGGCCCAGUUGAGGGACCCUAUAAUUGACCGUGCUUGCAAACAGAGUGGUGUUGAUUAUGAGAACCUGGGUUUGCCUAAAGAGAUCACCAUUUGGGUAGAUCCUGGUGAAGUGUCAUGCAGGUAUGGUGAGAAAACUACACCUUUUUGUGUGACCCUGUUGGAGGGGCAAAGGGGAGAUGGUGAGUUCUCACGCAGGAUUAACAAUGCUGUGGAGCGUGCUUCCUCAGACUACCACUCAGGGACAUCUUCAGAUGAAGAAGGUCCAAACAGCAGCAUAACAAGCAGCACCAGCAGUGGUAGUAGUAGCAGCAGCAGCAGCGGUGGUGGUAGCAGCACCAGUACACUAUCUGCUCCAGAGCCUAAGUGCAUCCCCACCGUCUCCAAUCCCAACAGUGUUUAUCAGUUCAGUGAAUUUGGCCCACCUCCAUCCAUGCAGAACUGGGCUGUCUAUCCCAAAAGGAAGCCCUAUGCUGGUGACCAUCAUCAGCAUUCAAAUGGUCACUACCCUCCACACAAUGGCUUCAAAAACUACAGACCAUCUUACGCCUUCUCUGGUCCACGGGUGGACAAAUACCAUUGGGUUAGCAAGAGCCGCUCAUGAGAAUAGGGCUUGUGAGCCCUUCUGGUGUGUUGCUGUCUAAUUGAUGUGCAGCCUUGAUGGCUGAUUUUCAAUGUUAAUACUUUAAAGUAAUUAUUUAUGAAUCUAUUGCUUGCCAUUAAUGGCAUGUUCUUUUUAAAUGGGUUUUAAUAAAUUGUUUCAAAUGAUGUGGCAAAAAUAAAAUCUGUUUUAAUACUG